AUGAAAGCUCUAAUCUUUUGUAUUUUGAUUCUUGGUUUUGUUUCAUCUUGUUUAUGUGAAAGGUGGAAUAUUAAUGCAGCUCCAACAAAAAAUAAUAUAUACAAUGUGGUUGAUUAUGGUGCUCGUGGUGAUGGAGUAAUAGAUGAUACACAAGCAUUUUUAAAAGCAUGGAGUGAUACAUGUGGAGCAGAAGGUGCAUCAACUUUGCUCAUACCACCAAACAAAAUAUACUUGGUGAACAACAUCGAAUUUAGUGGUGAUUGCAAGGCCAAAAGUAUUCUCAUUCAGCUUAAAGGAAAAAUAACUGCACCUCCCCAAAAAGCAUUUAAGGAUAAGUCAUAUUGGAUUAAGAUCCAAUACAUAAACAGUCUCACAAUUGAUGGCAGUGACAUAGGAGAAAUCACAGGCCAAGGUUCUACCUGGUGGCCAUGCAGAACUUGCCCUAGGCCUAGAAGCUUGUUUUUUCAUUCCUGCAAUGAUCUUACUGUUAGUAAUGUGAGGAUUACUAAUAGUCCAGGAAGUCAUAUAUCUAUAAAUGGUUGCAACAAUGUGAAAUUCUCUCACAUGAAUGUUCAAUCUCCGGGUGAUAGUCCUAACACCGAUGGGUUUGAUAUCUCGUUAUCUAAAAAUAUAUUGAUAGAAGAUUCCGCCAUACAAGUAGGUGAUGAUUGUAUUGCCAUCAACGGCGGCUCCUCAUACAUCACUGCGUCUCGUCUUGCUUGUGGUCCAGGUCAUGGAAUAAGCAUUGGAAGUCUUGGUAAAGAUAAUUCUCAUGAGAUAGUUGAAGAAGUACAUGUACAAAAUUGCAGCUUCACUAAUACUACAAAUGGAGCUAGAAUCAAAACAUUUCCUGGUGGAUCAGGUUAUGCAAGGAAGAUUAGUUUCGAACAAAUCCAACUUACAGAUGUUAAGAAUGCAAUAAUUAUAGACCAACAUUACGGCGUUAAAGUUGCGGCGGAGGAAUCAGCUGUGCAAGUGAGUGAUGUUAGAUUUUAUGGGAUUAAUGGAACUUCUGCUAGUGACUUGGCUAUUAACUUGAAGUGUGAGAGUUGCUUCGACAUUGUAUUGGAUCAAAUUAAUAUUGUUUCUUCUCAACCUAAAAAGGAGGCUCAGUCUUAUUGCAAAAAUCUCUAUGGAAAAAUAGGCUCUACUGUUCCAAAAGUCAAUUGCAAUUGA